AUGGCCGAGCCUUCUGGGAACGAGCUGGCGACCGCGGCUGCCAAGGGGGACCUAGUGCAACUUACUAAUUUGUUGCAAAAGAAUGUAAACGUCAAUGCACAAAAUGGAUUUGGGAGGACUGCGCUGCAGGUGAUGAAGCUCGGGAACCCCGAAAUUGCCAGGAGGUUGCUAAUGAGCGGUGCCAACCCCAAUCUGAAAGACAGAACUGGCUUCGCUGUAAUUCAUGAUGUAGCCAGAGAGGGUUUUCUGGACACUUUGCAGACUCUGCUGGAGUUUCAGGCCGAUGUUAAUGUUGAGGAUAGUGAGGGCAACCUGCCCCUGCAUUUAGCAGCCCGGGAGGGCCAUGUGCGGGUGGUGGAAUGCCUGCUGGCACACGCGGGGUGCAAGGUGGGCCACCAGAACAAGCGGGGGGCCACUGCCUAUGACCUGGCCAAGCUCUACAAGAGAUCUGCUGUGGUAAAGCUCUUGGAAGACAGCAGCUUCUUCCCUGGACCUAUGGAUUGA